AUGACUUCCACGCAGUGAGAGCUGCGUGUGCACAUCUAGCGUGAGCCGUCGUUGUACGGCAUCCUGGAGUGCACUCGCCGCUGGCUUAUCUAAGCUCGGCAUCUAUGACCACGCUCAAGUGUCUCUGUCUCGAAGACGAACUAAAGAGGAUUUUGAGUUCCCUCCAUGCUACGUCGACUCGCUGUAGAAACACAGGGAGCAUGAACCUGAUUGAAGCUGCUGCUCUGCUUCUUGCUAGCAUCCACAUCGCUGGGGUGCAGUGUUCCGGAUAUUAUUAUGUGGACUUCCCGUGGGUGAAAUCGUGCAACAGACACACCUGUGGAGAUGUGUGCGACGAACUGGAGCUCAGAACAGGAGACAGAGUGCGAGUUCAAGAAUGCGUCUGGGGAGUCUGUCGAUGCCACGUUGGGAACGUAAGACCGAAGAAAGCGUAAACACCGUGCGAAGGACAGUCGAGAAUGUGCUUCACGGGAUGCUUCCACGACCCAUUGUGACGUUAAUAAAGAUUGUAUUAUGAGA